AUGACAGGUGAACUAAACGAAGAAAAGAAUACCCUUGAAGAAAAGAUCAGAGCUGACAUCAAAAAUCAGUUCGAAGUGAAGCUGAAGGAAUACAAAGAAGAAAUCAAAAAAGUCACAAAUGAAAACGAGAAAAAGAUGGAAUCCAUGGAGGAAAAAUACAAAGCACUGAACCACAAAUUCGAACAUCUGGUAUCAGUCUACAAAGAGGAGAAAACAAGAAGGAAAGCAGCCGAGAACGAACUUGAAAGUCUGAAAAAAGACAACAGUAAACUACAAGCAACAUUAAAUUUGUACGCACCCUCCCAUAGCGGACAGAAGAACCCAACUAAGCACACAAGAAGUCAAGAGAAGCAGCCAAGUUCGCCUCCAAGGAAAAAAGGAAACAAAAUGAAAGCAGUUAUCGAAGAAGUAGGAUAUAUUUCCACAGACCCAGAAAAUAACUCAGAUGACGGAAACGAGAAAAGGAAAUCCUAA